AUGCCAAAUAAAGAUAAUAACUCCUCUUCUAAAAUCCCCUUUCAUCCUGCCUUUGGAGUCAAUAACAUCAAGAACUAUAUCCCUCUCAUUCUUGAUCAAACAAACACACAUUAUGCAUCAUGGGUAGAACUAUUUCGAAUUCAAGCUUGUGCCUACAAUGUUCUUGACCACAACAAACCCAAAUCCCCACGCCCUGCUGACAUCGAUGAAGACACAUGCGCUACUGCUCAAGAACUAUGGGAUCGAUUGUCUGAAAUAUUUCAAGACAACAAAGCUACUUGUGCAGUCUACCUUGAAGAGCAAUUCACUAGCACACGCUUAGAUGCCUUUGCCAAUGUCACCAGAUAUUGUGCUCGUUUGAAAAACCUUGCUGAUCAAUUAACUAAUGUUGGCAAUCCUGUAUCUGAACAAAAUAUGGUUCUACAACUUGUUUCUGGUCUAACCAAGGGUGAUUAUGACACAAUCGCCACCAUCAUCCAACAAUCUGAUUUGCUUCCCACCUUUAAUAAAGCUCAAUCCCAACUACUCUUGGAAGAAACACUCAGGAACAAACAAGAUACUCAUGCUCCCCAAGCCCGUGCUACCCAAACUGUUGACUCUCCAAACCUUCGUGUUCACUCUCAAACCAGUGGCAACAACAACACCAGUCGCAAUUUCAGAAGCGAUCAUGGUGAUCAGGGCAACUAUUGA